CUGUGUUGGGCUGCCCACGCCAAGUUCACACUGCCUCAGGCAUCACAGAUCUGAUCACCGGCUCCGCGUUGGACUGAGAUUACAGCGGAAACAUGUUUGUAUCGGUCACAACUGUCAUCACUCUGCUGGGCCUCUAUUCGCUGCAUCCUACUUCUGGACAGGACUGUUCAAGCAGACUGGAAAUACAAGGAUCCCUGAAGCAGAUCCAGAAGCUUCUCUCAGCUCAUGAAGCCUCCUACUUGCAGAGCCUGCGCAACCUGAAGAAGAAAAUAAACCUACUGCAGAGUAACACAGGGAGACAGGCUUCGAGAACCAUCAACAGUACCUGCCCAAGGCCAGAUGUGCCAAACAAUGGGAGGAAACUGGGCAGAUCGCAGAGUGUGGGCCAUGAGGUUCACUUUUUGUGUGACCCUGGCUAUGAACUUGUGGGAUCAGAGAGCAGAAUUUGUCAGGAAAGUCUGAGCUGGAGCGGCCAGCAGCCGACAUGCAGAGAAGUCAACGAGUGUGCGUCUAUCCCAUGCCUGAAUGGUGGAACCUGUCUGGAUGACGUUAACCAGUUUUCUUGCAUCUGUCCCAAAGGCUGGGCUGGAGAAACCUGCCAAAGCCCUGUGCCAACGUUCUUUGCCACCAUUGCAAACACCUCCGCCGCCACAUCCCAGGCGUCUGCUGCUGCUGCCGCUACGCUGGCAGCUGACACAGCUGGGUCCUUUGUGCGUCCAUCACGCUGCAGCACCGUGCAGGGGACCACCCACUGCACUUGUGAGCCAGGAUAUACCAUCUCUGGCAGAGACAGCACUACUUGCACCGACAUAGAUGAAUGUGAGCUGUUUCAUAAUGGUCAGGCUGGGAAGCUCUGUUUACACACAUGCGUUAACACCGCUGGAGGUUACCGCUGCUCCUGUCCUGCUGGAUAUGAUGUCACCCGCGAUGGACGCAGCUGUAAAGACAUUGAUGAGUGUGCCAGCAGACAAAAUAACUGCAGCAAGGAGCAGACGUGCAUCAACACUUAUGGAGGUUUCCAGUGUGUUCGUGUCGACUGUCCAAAAAACCCUCAUGCCUCUUACGUCAAAACAUCACCGAUGCGCUGUGAGCGGAAUCCCUGCCCCGUGGAUAACAAGCUGUGCUCUCAAGCUCCAAAUUCCUUCUCCUACCAUUACCUGGCAGUCGUAUCUAACCUGUCAGCUCCCCGUGUCAUGUUCCGGGUUUCAGCGUUGCGUCCGAUAGGUGACACGCUUCGCUUCUCCCUGCUGGGGGGAAGGCAAGCUCGGCGUCACUUCACAGUGCAGCGUUCGGAUCGCCUGACAGGUCAGCUGAUGCUGAGCAGCCCAGUUCAGGGCCCCGCCACUCUGGAGGCCGAGGUGGAGAUGAGUGAGCUGGAGAGACGAGUCCAGCUGGGCAGGUACAUCACCAAAGUCACCAUGUUUGUUUCCCCGUAUGAGUUCUAAAACAAAUAAGACGGGGAGGAACGUACUUGGCACCAAAAAGUCAAAGGUCAAACAUUGUAGCCUAAAUGGUUAUUCAAGUAAACAUAAACCAGCAAACUACCUUUCAUGUAGUUAACAGUACAGCUGUACUUGCACUGCUGCAUGUAAUA